GUCCAGUGAGGUUUUCUGAUAUCAGCUCGCAGACCCAGCGAUCCCAAUACCGGCUAAAUUGCUUCGCACCCCAUUGACCGUGCACGCGGAAUAUCAUUUUCGAUAAGCGGUCUCGUUCAGCGCCCGCGGGACAGCCGUUGAAUCUAAGUAUCGAAUCUGAGCGUAAGAUGAACCCCGCUUUGCGCCUCAUCCCGAAUUUGCUUCUCCAUGUAAAAAAGCUUGCCGUAGCGAUAAACAUCUAGAAACGACCCCGCAACAGCUCCAAUCUCUCCGCUCAACAGCUAGGAGACGCAUGACGGUGAAGGCACCUGCACAUGUAUAGGACGUUGCACACCAUGGGCAAAAGGAUUGUGUUCACUGGCGGUUCCGGCAAGGCUGGCCGUCAUUGUAUUCCCUACUUGCUAUCCAAGGGACACCAAGUGUUGAACUUGGACCUCGUCCCGCUGCCCAACCCUGACGGUGUUGGACUUAACCCAGACGUGUAUACGCUCAAAUGUGACCUCACAGAGAGCGGACAGGUCUUCAAUGCCCUCUCGUCGCAUUUUCAUAUGGGCGAGUACGAGAUCGAGCGAAAGCUAGGCCAGGAAAGUCCAACUGUUCUUCCAGAUGCCGUGAUUCACUUCGCAGCCUAUGCGCGCAACAUGCUCGUUCCCGACAAUGAAACCUUCAAGGCCAAUGUGACAGCUACGUAUAAUGUCAUCGAGGCCGCCUGCAAGCUAGGAAUCAAGAAAGUCAUUAUCGCUAGCUCCGAAACGACGUACGGAGUCUGCUUCACGCAGGGUGACUCUGACUAUCAUUCGUUCCCGCUGGAGGAGGACUACGACACCGAUCCAAUGGACUCGUACGCUCUGAGCAAGCUCUGCGGCGAGAAAGUCGCUCGUGGAUUCGCUCGUCGCUUCAACACCGAUAUCUAUGCCCUCAGAGUCGGAAACGUCGUCGAGCCUCACGAGUACGCACGAGAUUUCCCGAAAUACAUCAAGAACCCUGAGAUCCGCAAGAGAAACGCCUGGAGCUACAUCGAUGCUCGAGACCUAGGCCAGAUCUGUGACCUGUGUGUAGCCAAGGAUGGGCUGGGUUUCCAGGUCUUCAACGCCACGAACGACACUAUCACGACAGACAUCCCGACAGAAGAGUUCUUGAAGAAGUAUUGCCCGAAUGUGCCGAUUACUCGGAAAAUGGGCGAGUGGGAAGCCCCGCUGAGCAAUAGGAAGAUUAGGGAGGUUUUAGGAUUCAAGGAUGUUCAUAACUGGAGAAAGUAUAUAAAUGGCUAAAGGUUUGACAUAGUUUAAAUACUAUGCAAUAAUGUGUGUCCAAUACUAGAAUCACGUACGGCAAGGAAACUGAACAUCUAAUUGGGACUUGUUAUUAUUAUCGUUUAUGGACAGCGACACUGCGGGGUUUUUAUCUCGGCUGACAAAUUCGCGGAUGCGAACAUAAGUUAGUUAUUUCGGGCAUAUCCCGGGCGAGAUUAAAGCCUCCGGCGCGAAUGACCUUGGAUACGAGUAAUUUAGAGCAG